AUCCCGAAGGAAAUACAAUGAAUACUGAAUCAACUACAACAGACAAAAGGAAAAAUGAUAAAGAGUUGUCUUCCUUUACAGACGAAAUGAAGAUGACAUUAGCUGCUUCUGUCAUAAAAGAAGAUCUUAGUUCAGAAAUUUCUAAAUUUUCUUUGGAUGGAACUCAAGUUCGUAGUUUGAAGAAAAGACUAAUUGUUCUUGAUAUAAAUGGGUUGUUAGCGGAUGUAGUUUCUCCUCCUCCAAAGGGUCACAAAGCAGAUGCAACCAUUGCGAGGAGAGCCAUAUUCAAGAGGCCCUCCUAUCUUGAGUUUCUAGAGUUUUGCUUCGAUAAAUUUGAAGUUGGCAUAUGGUCUUCAAGAAUGAAGAAAAAUGUUGAUCGAGUCAUUGAUUAUUUGAUGGGAGACAUGAAAAAAAGGUUGCUUUUCUGUUGGGACCUUUCUCACUGCAUUGAAACAACCUUCAAAACUCUUGAAAAUAAGCAUAAGAGUGUGGUUUUUAAGGAUUUGAGGAAACUUUGGGAUAAACAUGAUCUUGAUCUUCCAUGGGAGAAAGGAUAUUUCAAUGAAUCAAAUACAUUGUUGUUAGAUGAUUCUCCUUAUAAAGCAUUGUUUAAUCCUCCAAACACCUCAGUCUUCCCUCAUACGUUCACUUAUCAGAAUGAAAGUGACAACUCCUUAGCUGAAGGAGGGGAGUUGAGAAUAUAUUUGGAUGGUUUGGCAAAUGCUGAAGAUAUGCAUAAGUACAUUGAGGAACACCCAUUUGGCCAAGAAGGAAUUAAUGAAACAAGUGAAUCUUGGGACUUCUAUCGCCAAGUUAUUGAUAGCCUUUCUGCAGGUCAAAGCAAUUCUUAAUUUGAUGAGAAAAUGAAAUAUAGAAGGGUUUUCAUUUUUUUCUCAUCUGCAAUAAAGCAGUUUGUUUUGAUCGUUAAACUUUAUAUCA